AUCUUUUGUCUCCAAACCCAUACACUUUUCCAGCUUGAUAGCCACCCCCUUUUAUUAUUGCCGAAAUCUAGUUUCGACACUGUUGAUCUCCAAAUGAAUUCUUUUUCUGGCAUAAUUCCCCCUCCCCAUAAGAUGGCCACUCUUCGAUUUCUUGGUCUUACUGGAAACUUGCUUUCUGGAAGAAUACCAGUAUCCCUAGCAAAUAUUUCAUCUCUAAGUUCCAUACUGCUAGGACAAAACAAUUUAUCAGGACCAAUUCCAGAAUCCUUGAGUCAAAUCGCAAACCUGAAUAAGCUAGAUCUGAGUGGAAACAGAUUAUCAGGGUUUGUCCCAGUCACACUGUACAAUAAGUCGUCGCUUGAAUUUUUUGGUAUAGGAAACAACAGUCUUAUUGGAAAGAUACCUCCUGACAUUGGUCACACACUUCCAAAUCUCAAAUCGUUGGUCAUGUCUCUGAAUAGGUUUGAUGGAUCAAUUCCAACUUCCCUGGCCAAUGCAUCAAACCUACAAAUGCUUGAUCUCUCUAGCAAUUUGCUAAGUGGGCUUGUACCAGCAUUAGGAUCCUUGAUAAACUUGAAUAAACUUUUCCUAGGAAAUAACAGGCUAGAAGCUGAAGACUGGUCAUUCUUUACUGCUCUGACAAAUUGUACACAACUGUUACAAUUGUCGAUGGAAGGGAAUAACCUGAAUGGUAGCCUGCCGAAAUCAGUUGGCAACCUUUCAACGAAUUUUGAGUGGUUUAAAUUUGGGGGCAACCAAAUUUCCGGAAGAAUUCCAGAUGAGUUAGGGAACCUCGUUAAUCUAACUUUACUCGACAUUAACUCGAACAUGCUGUCAGGAGAAAUUCCCUUGACUAUUGGGAACUUGAGGAAAUUGUUUAUACUGAAUCUAUCCAUGAAUAAAUUGUCUGGACAAAUCCCAUCUACAAUUGGUAAUCUUUCUCAACUUGGCAAGCUUUAUCUCGAUAAUAAUAAUUUAUCUGGUAAAAUACCAGCAAGAAUAGGGCAGUGCAAAAUGCUAAAUAUGCUAAACUUAUCAGUGAACAGCCUAGAUGGAUCCAUACCAGAUGAACUUGUCAGUAUGUCUUCUCUUUCCUUGGGUUUGGAUCUGUCCAACAACAAACUUUCAGGCUCAAUACCACAAGAAGUUGGUACUCUGAGCAAUCUUGCCCUCCUAAAUUUUUCCAACAACCAGUUGUCAGGCCAAAUUCCUUCUUCACUCGGCCAGUGUGUUGUUCUUUUGUCCCUAAACAUGGAAGGCAACAAUCUCAUUGGGAAUAUACCACCGGCAUUAACUUCACUGCAUGCCAUUCAACGAAUUGAUCUCUCUGAGAACAACUUAUCCAGUGAAGUUCCUGUGUUCUUCGAGAACUUUAUCAGCCUAGCCCACCUAAAUUUAUCAUACAACUAUUUUGAAGGGCCAAUUCCCAUCAGUGGUAUCUUUCAAAGACCAAAUUCUGUAAGCCUGGAAGGAAAUAAAGGGUUAUGUGCGAAUAUUCACAUAUUGAACUUGCCGAUAUGCCCCAGCUCACCAGCUAAAACGAAGAACAAUAAACGACUGCUACUGAAAGUUAUUCCCUCCAUUACUAUUGCUUUAUUCUCAGCUCUAUGCUUAAUUUUCGCUCUUGUCACUCUAUGGAAGAGAAGGAUGAUUUCGUUCUCAUGGUUCAAUUAUGGGCAUAGACAGUGCACUGAUGUGCUCAGACAAUUCAGUGGCAUGCUCAACAUGCUUUGUUCGUCCAAUCCAAAGAGAAGGGAAGUGCCAACAACUCCAAUCAACAAUGAGACGCUGAAGAAGGUCUCAUAUGGUGACAUUCUUAAAGCUACUAAUUGGUUUUCUUCAGUCCAUACAAUAAGUUCAACCCAUACUGGAUCAGUUUAUGUUGGUAGGUUUAAGUCUGACAAAAGCCUAGUUGCUAUCAAAGUAUUCAACUUGAAUCAGCCUGGUGCAUAUGAGAGUUACUUUAUUGAGUGUGAAGUGCUAAGAAGCACCCGCCAUAGGAAUCUAAUGAGACCUUUGACCCUAUGUUCAACAUUGGACAAAGAAAACCAUGAAUUCAAAGCGCUAAUCUUCAAGUUCAUGGUUAAUGGUAGCCUUGAAAGAUGGUUGUACUCUGAGCAGCAUUAUGGAAUCAAAGAUAGAGUGCUAUGCUUAGGUCAGAGAAUAUGCAUAGCAACUGAGGUGGCUUCUGCUCUGGAUUAUAUCCACAACCAUCUAACACCCCCUUUGGUCCAUUGUGAUGUGAAGCCGAGCAAUAUCCUCUUAGACGAUGACAUGACCGCGCGUCUAGGUGAUUUUGGGUCAGCAAAGUUUCUAUUUCCAGAUCUGGUCAGUCUGGAAAGCUUAGCUGAUAUAGGAGGAACUAUUGGGUACAUUGCACCAGAGUAUGGAAUGGGCUGUCAAAUCUCAACAGGAGGCGAUGUGUAUAGUUUUGGAGUGCUGCUUCUGGAGAUGCUUACAGGAAAGCAGCCAACUGAUGAUACAUUUGCGGAUGGAGUUAGCAUUCAUAACUUUAUUGACUCCAUGUUCCCAGAUAGAGUUGCAGAGAUUCUAGAUCCCUAUAUGAUGCACGAGGAGCACCAAGUGUAUCCAGCAGAAUGGUUUGAGGCCUGUAUUAAGCCGUUAGUUGCACUUGGCCUGUCAUGUUCCAUGGUAUCUCCGAAAGACAGACCUGGAAUGCAAGAUGUCUGUGCAAAACUUUGUGCUGUCAAAGAAACUUUUCUGCAGUUCGGUGAUUUCAGUUUAUGAUAAAAUUUUUGUAAUUGCAGUCUGACAUGAAACAUUUAACCAGGCAGCAUAUGUGACCUUAUUAGUUAAAUUCAUAUAUAUCAUUUUCUGGGAGGAACAGUAAGGCUGUUCAUGAGGCAAAGUUCACUAAAUUAUUAUUUAUUUUCUUUUGGCAUGAAUUUGAGGUUGGAAUACAUUCAGUUAGC